AACUUUUGCGUCAAACACGACCGACUGGAAAGCCGACAGGCCAUACCAAACACCUGUCUGUCACUACACUACCAUAGCCAUGGCGACAACAAAUUUCUGCAAUCCGGACUCUCUUGACGUUCUGACGUCAAUGGUCAACCAAACGCUCAUAGAGACCGGCCGCUUUUUUAAAACUGGCGGGUCCAUGCAGUCCAGGGCCCAACUCAAGCGUUCAAUCCCCACUGCUCACGAGAAGUUCCAAAGUGCUUUAGAUAAUUUAUCUGAGCAGAUAUUUAUUGCCAAAGCUUUCCUUGAACGAGACUACGAGGCAGUGCAAGCAAAGAAAGCUGCCCUUCAGCCCGCUGAGGAUGUUGUUAUGAAUGAAUCGAACGUGAAAGUUGAACCAGAGGCGGCACCACAGCCUUCUGAACAACCAGUGACCGACGCAGACACCGUUCAGCCCAAGGCCGAGCCAGUUGACGACGCUCUCGCUCCGAAGCCCCAGGUCGACGCAAAUGCUAGUCAGCCAAGCGAUCAGCCCGUCAAAGCUGAAAAGCCCGAGGAAGAUGCCGCUGAUGUGCCUGCAGCACAACCCGUUUCUGCGCCAGGCGAUUUCAACUUCGAUUCCAUGCUAGCCGAUAAUUCUGGGACCAACGCCUUCGACCUGAACCUGGACUUUGGCGAUGAUGGUGUGGGAAAUGACAGUUUCCUGUCAGGCUCUAAUCUAGCCAAUGCCGCCAGUAAUGCCAACAAUGGCACUGGGGGAGAAACCAACCAGCCAAACAAUGCUCCAACAGCCUUGCCUGGUACCGAGAACACCCCCGCUCCCGCACAGAUGGGAGGGGAUGCAUUCGAUCUUGAGCUACAAAAAGCGGAAGCAUUCACUAACCCGGGGGAUACCUCGGGCGAGCAGACGUUUGAUGGACAAGGUGGCAGUAACAUGGAAGAUGUCAUGGCACCAGGAGAAUCUAGCUUCGACGAUCUGUUUAUGGAGAACGACACUUUUGGGGGAGAAGGAGCUGGAGACGCUAGCUUACUAGAUGGGGACGGGUUGGUCAACAUCAAUGACCUGGAUGACAGCUGGUUCACUUGAUGGUCCACGCAUGAAUGUUGCUCGAGAUAUGGACCAGCUACCUUCGCACGGAUAGACAAAAGGCAAACAGCUAUAUGCUAGUCGGGCGAUAACAUCCCAAGUAAUAUGACGAAUAUCUGGAACAAACAUCAUCAAUCAAGGCGAUUGCUUCCUUCUACAAUGCAACUUCGGUGUCAUCUUCAACCACCGGCCAGACACACUUCUAGAAUGAUCAGCGCAAUCAAUCUGAUACCUCGCCAGAGGGAACAUUCUCAGUUCUGCGAUUACCGAGCCGCCAAUCGGCAAAUCAGACG